AUGGAAGAUAUCUGUCCGAUUCCGGAAGGGAGCAAACGUGAUGAAGACGAAGAUUUGCGCAUCAUUGCCGAAUUGAACAAUCCUCGUAUCUACAAAGAUGUACAACACGUUUUGCGACAAGAGCAACGAGUGAAACUUGCGAUCACUCGCAACAAGGCACUUCCAUUCCCGUGCAAAUGUGGUCAGUUGUGUGAAUUUGGUAACCUACUCAGUAUACUAUACAACGCGUUCGAGAAGCUAUACGAGAUGUACGAGGCAUUGCACAUGGACUACACCCUCAUUUUCCGCGCUUCUUCUUUCGUGGUGAACGGGAAAGUGGUGCAGGUGGACAGCGGGUACCAGGCAAUGGCUGAAAACCUCGGUUCCCCAGUUCCAGUGGAAAUGAAUCUAGAUGACUUUGCAUCGGACGUACGUUUGCGGCAGGAACGUAGAAAAGCUUUGGCUGAUGAAGAUAUCUGGCGAAAAACAUACGAACUGCACAUGGAGUGUGUCCGAUUGAAUAUGCUGAAAGUGGCAAAACCUGAACACGAACGUUUCAUGGAGUGGAUCGGUUCGCAUGUGUGGGCAAAUGCCAAAUGCAUUUGCUAUCACUGCGAUUACCGAGAUGCGUUGUUGUCUUACAGACAUGCGUUGCUCACCCUACAUUUGGAAUACAUGUCAAUGUAUGCGAAUUACGCUGCCCUGUUGCACAAACGAAGAGUUCAGGAGAGCAGACAAAUGACAAAAACUGUGGUCACAAGCGGUAUCCCCUCGGAUAUCAUACAAACAAUGUUCUUUGAUGGAUGA